AUGGAUUAUAUAGAAGAUAUUACACAAGUCGCCGUCCCUGCGGUGGACAGCGGCAACACGGCGUGGAUGAUCGUCGCUACCAUUUCAGUCCUGUUAAUGACCAUUCCCGGUAUCGCCCUGUUUUACGGCGGGCUGUGCUUGCUUAUCGUCGGCGUAAUUAGUAUUCUGUGGGUGGCAUUCGGUUACAGUUUCGUAUUCGGAACCUCUCUUUGCGGGACUGCCGCAGGCAGCGUGAUCGGCGGUUUCGAUAAAGUGAUGCUGAACGGCGUAACGCCGUCGGCGCUGACUACGGGCAACAUUCCCGAAAUCAUUUUCGUGGUUUUCCAGUGUAUGUUUGCCGUGAUCACGCCGGCUUUGAUACUGGGCGCUUUUGCCGAACGGAUCAAAUUUUCGGGCUUUAUGCUCUUCACGAUCCUGUGGAGCAUCUUGGUGUACAACCCGAUGGCGCACUGGGUAUGGGGCGGCGGAUGGCUGCAGGAAAUGGGGGCCAUCGACUUUGCGGGCGGAACGGUCGUGCAUAUCAAUGCCGGCCGACGGUAUCGCGGCCAACGCUUUUCUGGUGACGCACUGGCCACUUGCGUGGCGGCGAUGACGUGGAUGCUGAUCGACUGGGUGCACAACAAAAAGCCGACGACGGUCGGCGUGUGUACCGGAGCGGUGGCCGGACUGGUUGCCAUUACGCCUGCCGCAGGCACCGUAAGCGUUCUUGGAGCCGUUUGCAUCGGGCUUCUUUCCUCGGUCGUUUGCUUUUUCAUGGUGGCCGUCGUCAAACCGAAAUUCAAAUACGACGACGCCCUCGACGCAUUCGGCGUACACGCAUGGGCGGUAUCGUGGGUUCUAUUCUUACCGGAGUUUCGCUACGCGGUAUAUCAGCGGCGAAGGCGGUGUGUGGAAGGGAGCGCUUUACGGCGACUGGCAUCAGUUGUGGUGCAGGUAGUGGCUACGGCGGUAUCCGUCGUUUUCAGCGCCGCAAUGACCUAUAUUCUGUUCAAGAUCGUCGACAAAUUGGUCGGUCUGCGUGUUGACGCCCGCGUGGAAGAGGAGGGACUCGAUAUCUACGAACACGGCGAGAGCGCUUACAACAGUUAG